AACCAGUUAUGAGAAAAAUGACUAUUUCUUUGCCUGUUUUGUAAAAUGUAAGACAUAUACUUAAUUUUAAACUGUUUUUUUUUUCAUACAAAUAUUUUUUUUCUCAAAAUUAUUCCCAACAACCAAAGUCCACAACAGAGAUCUGCACUUAAUGAAAAAAAAUCAUAAGGUGGGAAAGCCUUAUUUAAAAAAAAAACUUAAUAAAAGAUCAAAUUAAAGUUAAAUCACAUUUUCCCGCUUUUGAUACACAAUGGUAAACUGGAUGUUGGACUGUUAUAUAUUUAAUAGCCAUUAGCAAUUAGUUUGCAAAAAUAUGAAAAGAAAAGAACAAAAAGGAGGAGAGAAGUUUCUUUUUGAAUAGUAUUGUUAAUUUAUUAUGUGACUGCUCAAAUACAUAUUAUUGAAUUAAAGAUUUCAAUAUUAUGUCAGGAAUGGACCUAGACUUUCUCAAAUGAAUCACUUUGAUUGUGAACAGAAUAACCAGCGAGGUUCAUGUGAUUAUAGUUGAUGGAGAACAAUAACCUGGCUUUAAUUUACUCCUGUGUAGAAAACAAAGAGAGCAGCAAAUCCUGCUGAAAGCUGUGCAAGGCAGAAGGAAAUGUGGACAACAUGCAGCCGUUAAAUAUGAAGUAGCCUUGUCCAGGUAUCAUGUAAAAGAUAACAUUUAAUCCUCCUGCAAUAUGGCUAUUUGAGUAGGUGGUACUGAAUUUCAGGUAUGCAUCUGGUUCGUUCUCUGGGCUGUAUAUUUAGGAGCCGCUGAAGAGAGCACCAGACUCGGGUCUGACCCGUAAAUCUGCUGGACUCCCAGGGAGCUGCUUCCAAACGGCCAAGUCAGUGAACGCAUCCCUCAAAUCAAUCAUUAUGACUCUCAAAAGUAUUCCCACCCAUUAUGUCUUUCACAUUUUGUCAUUAAAACCAGCGACUUUCUAAUUUCUCAUGUGUUGCUUUGUUUUAAUGAUGCUGUUGGUGAACUAAUGUUCUUCAAAUCUGUGUAGUAAUUGUCCUCAGAAGGAAAUAACACUCCUUUCACUCCACAAUUAUGCACAGCUUUGUGCAUCAUAAAAUUCCAGUAAAAUACAUUCAAGCUUGUGGUUGCAUAAGAAGUAAAAAAGUUUGAAAAUGAAAACAUUUCUAAGACACUGACUGCACCAAUGAGCUUAACCCACAACUUUACUGGUUUAUAAUUUAACUACAAAUUAACUAAGAUAGUAUUUCCACCUUUAUGUACUUGUUGAUUUUUUUUAAUGUAAUCAAAAUUAUUUGAUGCAUUUAUUUUAUUAAAAAUACAGAAAUAGACAUAAAAUGCAGUCCACAUAUCCCAGCUUUUUUUUAUGAAUCAAACAGCCUCUUAUUCUUUCUUACUAAAGAUGUGCUGCAUCAGCAAAAGCUUUACUUUUCCAUUUUUGAACAUUUACUUUAUAAAGUCUGUUUAUUUAUUGUUAAAGAAACUUUGCUUUAUCCCUAAUUUUAGGUUUCAGUACAAAAAAAGCAUCAGAUAUCUACAAGAAAAAAAUGCCUUUGUUGCCUUGUUUACAGUGUGUUUUUACGCUUUGAUAAUUGAUAGAUUAAGAAAUAUUUAAAAUAAGUUAAGAUGUAUAAGUAUUUCAGAAACAUUUUUGUAAAACCAUUUAAUAUUUAGAUUAACACAACUUUAAGGCCUAUCAGUUUCAUUUUUUAUGUUCUCUUGUACUAUUUUCCAUUAUGUAACGAUUUAAAUGUCACUAUUUGGCACCUUGCAUAGAACCUAACACCUGAUUGGUAAAUCAGCACAGCAGUUUAUUUCCAGACCAAUCACCUUAUUUAUAGCUCAGUUAGUUAGCGCUCUUACUUAUAUUACCUAAUAAAUAAUUUCCGACGCUUUUAACAUAUGAUUUUACACCUUCAAUUAAUUAUGUAUUUCUACUAAUUAAAAUAUUGAUUCAUUUGUGUUCAAUUAUCACUUGUUUAUUGAAUUGAAGGAUUUGGGUUCUCGAUAUAAAUCACUUCUGCUGGAUCUCCUAAGAAGAGACGCUAAUUAAGGGGUGAGGCGGGUCGGGCCCCUCGGUCCAAAAUAGCGCCUACAGCCUGCUUGGAAAAAAAAAAAAACCUUUACACCCCGCAACACUUGCGACACAGUCAGGCUCCGGCUGAUAAUCACUAACCAGGCGGAGCGGAGAAAAGCAAACAGAGAUAAACACUAGAAGUCUGUGGCAGAGACGUCGUGUUUUCCCCCCCACUUCUCCUCUUACUGACAUGAAAAUGAAGCGCUUCGGUUUCGUUUGGAUCUUCGUGGUGCCGAGGGCUGAAUCGCGUUGAUUUACUGCAGAACUGAAUCGCACCGGGGCGACAGCAGCUGUUGGGACGCACAAAUGUUGUUCUGGCAGUCCUACACCGAAAACUUCCGGGCUCCGGUGCAGAGACAUGGAGACAGCAGCAGCUACGCACGCGAUGUGCUGGCUCUGCCCAUCUUUAAGCAGGAGGACUCCAACCUUCCACCUGAAAGCAAGACCAAAAAUCCCCCAUUCCAGUAUGUGCUGUGCGCCGCCACCUCGCCUGCUGUCAAGCUGCACGACGAGACACUCACAUACCUAAACCAAGGCCAAUCUUAUGAGAUCCGCAUGUUGGACAACAGGAAAGCAGGGGAGUUGCCAGAGCUCAACAACAAGAUGGUGAAGAGCACAGUACGGGUAGUGUUUCAUGACCGGCGGCUGCAGUACACGGAGCACCAGCAGCUGGAGGGCUGGAAGUGGAAUCGUCCUGGGGACCGUCUUCUUGACAUCGAUAUUCCCAUGUCAGUGGGCAUUGUUGAGCCCAAGACUCACCCCUCCCAGCUCAAUGCUGCAGAGUUUCUGUGGGACAUGAACAAAAGAACGUCUGUUUUCGUUCAGGUGCACUGCAUCAGCACGGAGUUCACUCCCAGGAAGCAUGGCGGCGAGAAGGGCGUCCCGUUUAGGAUCCAGAUCGACACGUUUACCCAGGGAGACGGUGGAGAGUACACAGAGCACCUCCACUCUGCUUCCUGUCAGAUUAAAGUUUUUAAGCCAAAGGGGGCGGACCGUAAGCAGAAGACUGACAGGGAGAAGAUGGAGAAGCGCACCCCUCAGGAGAAGGAGAAGUACCAACCCUCCUAUGAUACCACUAUCCUAUCAGAGACGAGGCUUGAACCCAUCAUAGAAGAUUCGGGUGACCAUGAGCUGAAAAAGUCCAGCAAGCGGACACUUCCCGCUGAUUGUGGCGACUCCUUGGCCAAGAGAGGCAGUUGCUCCCCGUGGCCAGACGCCGCCUACACCAGCACCAGCCAGGCAGCUACCCCCUCCUUCACCUCCACCCCACUUUCCACCUACACAACCUCUUCUGUGCUGGACAGUGACUCGUCCUCACCCAAUCACCAAGCAGAUACUGGUGGCCAAGUCAACUCAGAGAAAGUUGAACUCAAUGUUGUCGCGACUGAAGUCGUUGUCUCGUCUGUGCAGCAGCUGAGCCCUGCUGCCUCCAUACAGGAUGCUCAGAAGUGGCUGUUGAAGAACCGCUUCAGUUCCUACACUAGACUCUUCUCUCAUUUCUCAGGUUCUGAUUUAUUGAAGUUAACCCGGGACGACCUGGUCCAGAUUUGUGGGCCGGCAGAUGGGAUCAGACUCUUCAAUGCUCUCAAAUCCAGGUCAGUGCGUCCCAGAAUGACGGUGUAUGUCUGUCAGGAGUCUCCACAAGGGAGCCCCCUGCUGGAGAGACACUGCACAAUAGAAAAUGGAGAACACCGGAGCUCUGCUAGUUUACAUGUAUACCAUGCUCUGUACUUAGAGGAGCUCACAGCUGCAGAACUCAUCCGUAAGAUUGCAUCCGUGUGCGACAUUCCUUUGGGAAGGAUCCACCAGGUGUACAGGCAGGGUCCGACAGGCAUACACAUCCUACUAAGCGACCAGAUGGUUUACAACUUGUCUGACGAGAGCUGUUUUUUGAUCAGCACUGUCAAAGAUGAGUUGGGCGAAGGACUUCAUCUAAUCUUGAAGUAGUGAGGAGCACAGAUGGCGUCACUAAUACUCCACCCUCUGCUUUGGAGCAGAAGCCUCCUUCUGUCGCUCUGCAUCCUCCCCGUCUCUGUUUAGCGAUCGCUCGAUGGAAAGCAGAGUGACUGCGCCGAAGCCAUGUAAAUGUUAGAAUCUGACAUGGGUGUGUCCACUGUUUCAUAUUGAAAACAUUAUUAAGAUGAAGGAGAUCGGUUAGAAGAAGAGAUCGGGGAGGAUUUGGGAUCAGGGGGUAGUUGACAUUGUUCAAUGUAUUUUGAUUUAAUUUUAAUUGUUUUUUUUGUCUUUUUUUUUAUGGUUUCUGUGUGGAGGUUGGAGGCUCCAAGUUAGAGGGGUGGAUGGUGCUCUGGCAUGCAAGAGACAGGAAGAAAAAGUCACCUUAUUGCUUGUUGCCCUUCCUAAAACAACCAGCGUUAGGCCAGUAUUUGAUGAAACUGUACUGCUGAACAGCAUGCAAUCCAUACCAAGUUGCUUGAACAACAAACUCUGCUUACUCUGCUUACUUAACAUUCUUUGACGGGGAUGUCUUAAUUAACUUUCUCUAAUUGGCUGAGCAAAUAUUCAGGGUAAAUGAGUGGAAAUGCUCUCAUUUUUGGCUUUUUUUGUUGUUUUUUUGCUAUUUUAAAAUGACAUUAUCAGUCCUUAUCACAUUGUCUCACUAUGUGAUUUAAACUUACAGCCAUAUCUCUGUCGACAUUGCGUCUCGCUCAGCUAACGUGUGUCCAGUAUGGCCUGCGCUUUUACUGGGUUUUUUUUAGUUGAUGCCUAAUUAUGAGUCGGCUCUUUCUGUUGCUCUUAAUGAAUUUACUCUCUUUCUGGUGCCAUAACAGCUCAUUAGCUUGGCUUUUUUUGUGUUUUUUUUUAAUUCAAGUAUAUACACGGCGUACAUACGCAUCAUUAUUUGACUUCUCUGCUUUAUUAAAACACUGGUUUACAGAAUUAUGGCGAGAGGACUUUGGAAAUUAGUUGAUAAAACCCCUCGACGAUGCUAUCCAGUGGAGCAUUAGUGCCUAUUUAAACGAAACAUACUUUAUAGUGGACCAAACGGGAAACUGACUGACUGGUGUGAUCUGAGAGGGAAUAAACCGCAGUGGGUCUUGAAUUUGUGCAAAUUUAAAGCACUAAAGCUGGUUUAAAAGUUGGGGGAGGGGGACUAAAUACUGCAAAUUUUGUACCGGGUGCCGAAGCCUUGAUUCCAGAUCCAUUUUUACUGUAAACAUUAUGCAGCAGGUGAGGCAUACGGUGGCAUCUCAAUAAAUUAGAAAUCACCAAAUUGUUUUAAGUAACUUAAUUGAAAAAGUGAAGCUCAACUAGAUCAUUACACACGGAGUGAUUUGUUUCAAGUUUGUUCGUUUUGAUGAUCCGUGAAAACCAAAAAUGUUGUUUUUCCAAAAACUGGCUUAUUACAUGAGAUCAAAAAAGUUAAUUUUUUUAUUAUCAUUAAGAAAUGUAAAGGCCUUUAGAAUCAGGUUGUAGAAGGUGCUAGUUUGAUGGUUAUGCAGCAGAAAGUUAUCAACCUCAAGGAGUCUGUACAAAGGGCUGUAUCCAGGCAUAUUAAUGGAAAGUUUAGUGGAAGGAGGAAAAAAGGUUGUGGUGGGGUUAAGGUCAGGUGAGUUUGCCCCAAAUGAUCAGACUGCAAACUUCCCAAAGAACCUCAAGCAGCUUAGUUUAUGUGCCUCUCCACUCUUCCUUAAGAUCCCUUAGGAUCAUUUUGGGACCUUUUUUUAAAAUUAAAUGCUAAAUUUAGUUUUCAAUAUGGAUGGAGGACAUUGGACCAUUGAGCAACACUCCUGUUUCUGCCAUUGUCUCUAGCUUUCGAGUGGUUUAACACGAGGAAUUGGACCAUUGUGCUUCAUAUCCUGAGUAUAUCUGUGUGGUGAUUCUAUGAGCCUGUACCAUAUUUUUUCCUUCCACCCAACUUUCCAUUAAUACAGUUGGAUACAGCAGUCUGUGAACAGCCAGCUUCUUUACCAAUGACCUGAUGAGGGUCUCAAAUAAAUGGUUGCGUGGACCAUAAAAUGGCCAUAACAUUACACUUCUGCAUUAAAGUUUUGUUUUUUUUUAUUUACUUGGUCUUUUAUUGUAUUAUAAUGUUGAGGAUUUGAAUUCUCUGGUUUCGUUAGCCCAUCAAAAUUAACAGCAAUAAAUGCUUUAAAGACCUCCCUCUGUUUAAUUUAUGUGUUUCACUUUUUGAAUUUAAUUAAUAACCAAUGAGGUUUUCCAUGGUAUUCUAAAUAAUUGGGAUGCUCCUGUAUGCAGUGGUAAUGCACCAAAACGCCACAUCAUUCUUGGAAACUUUGUGUCGUAGCCUAGCGCAGAACGUACAGGUCGCGUUCUGAGUGGCCUUAUCAAAGAGCGACAGGAAACCUCACGACGCUUGAGGCCUCUGCUUUGGUUCAAGUUGUUCCGUUUUGGCAUUUUUGAAGAGGUUUACAUUGUCAAGGUGUCAGAAUUUGUGUGCAUGUGUAUCAUCUUGUUUAUGUCAAACGUUUGUUUGUUUGGUUGUUUUUUUUUUUUUCUUCUGCUGGUAAAAGAAGUCGUGUUUAGCUUGCUACUUAGUAAAGAGCAUGUGGAUAUUUGGGAGACAGAUAAAUUUGUCAGUGAGUGUAUCCCCCGAACUUUUCUCCCCCGUUACUUUUUCCAUACGUUAGAGACCAAGCCUGCACUGAAGAAAUUCACAAACUUCUAGCUCGAUGUGUAGUCAUUAGUCCUACACCCCCAACAUCCUUUUCUUACUAGAUCAGAAGGAGUUCGACAAAUAAAACUCUCAAGGCUAUGAAAGCAGCUGUUUGUGUCUCGACAUGCACCAGAGCCAGGACUGUAGCUCUUGAGGCGUUUGCGCGGAUGCGAGUGCUACAACAGAGAAACCUGUGUUCAUCAACUCUAGCGUUUAUAAGAAUAGAGUGGAUGUAAAAAUAAAAAACGAAAAAAGUUUAAGUCUGCUAAAGGCCUAUCUGUGUGAGCACGAGCCGGAAAGAGGUGACCACUGUUAACCUGAUGCUUCUCAUGUGCACAGUAUCAUAUGCUGGAGAUGUACACAACCACAUGUGCUGGGAAUAAAUAAUUUCAUAACUUU